AUGUCACAUUUUCUGGACAAUGAAUUGCUUACACUCAGUGCUGCGCAACUUAGGCAAGAAGAGCAGAAUACAUCUUCCCAGUUACUUCAUGUUCAGCAACAAAUCAGCGAUUUGGCUUAUGGAAAUUAUCGAAUCUAUGCAGACGCCGGAAGUACUACAGAGCGCUGCCGGGAACUGUUUGGAAAAGCAAGCGACUUGGUUGAAGAUAUUGAAGAAGGAAUCGAAUCGGUACGGGAAUCCAUGAAACAGUUUAAUUCCAAAAAUGAUGAAGUUCUACAGGAGCUUCAUUAUCUGAAACUUGCGGAAAGUAAAAGUUCUCACUUGUGGGAUGUUCUAAGCUUGCCAACGCGUAUGGAUAUAUGUAUUCGAGCGGGCUAUUACGAUAUGGCUUAUUUGUUGACCAAUUAUGGAAUGGAAUUGCAAACACAUGGACUUACCAAAAAUCCCGUAAUUAAGCGAGUUGCUGAUAAGCUAAUCGAAGCUCGAUAUCAGUUAUUGGAUGAGUUGUUUAAUAGAUUUUCUGGACCUAUCGACUUGGCAAACAGUAUUCAAAUUGUGAAUAGUAUCCGGAAGAUUCCGUAUUUCUCUUCGACGCAACUGCGUAUUAUGGUUUUGCAGUAUCGUGAUGUGUAUCUUGAAAAGCGACUGUUUGAUAUUCGAUCGCAGCCAGACUUUAUCCCUCGCAUGGUUGAGGUUUAUCGUGAUUGCAUGUAUGAUACAAUGGUCUUGUAUCUGGCCGUUUUCCCCGAAAAUGAAAUAAGCAGACGACAGACUGAUUUAUUGGCGGAUCAGCGAUGGGACAUUUGGCAAACAGCAACUUCCUCUGCAAUCCUCAAUGAAUGGGCAAUUCAUAACCUUGACCAAAUGUUCAGUCGCAUAAAGAAUAUUGAUAAUGAUGUGCACAUUGACAUUGGCUCUCUAACGAGUAAAUUAAUGAGUUUCGCCUUUUCGUUUGGUCGAAUGGGAAUGGAUUUUCGGCCACUGAUUGCAGAAAUCGUCGAUGAAUUUGUCACCAAGAGGUUCUCUCUGAAAGUUCAGAAUGCAGCGAAUAACUUAAAACAAUGUAGAACAAUAGAAAUUGAUGGAGAGAUACCGGAUGUUUUAUUCCUAUCUGGCACUCAACACGGUCAGCAACCGUCAGCUCUCUCAGUACUUGCGUUCUGGGAUGAUUUAUGUAUUUAUGGAAAUGCCUUAAUUGAUGCCUUAAAUGAAUUGCGAAGUGGUUUAUCGCCAACCCAGGUUAACGCAGUUCUAAAGGAGUUGACGAAUUCGAUGAAGAUUGUUGUUUGUUGGCUAUGUGAUAUGGAGGAGCUGGUUAAAAAAGUAAUUAUGGAAAAAGCAGUUAAAUUAUUAGGGAGAUAUUUUAUACCAUGCAUUAAUGGUCAUUUGUUGGCCUUAUAUCCAUACGAAAAAUGCUGUCGACCUUUUUAUCAUACUACCUGCACACUAGAAUUAUACGAAAAAAGAUGUGCUCUACAGAUUAAGGAGAUCUGUAACGGUUGUCCCAAUUCAAUAGUAAUUGAAAAGUUACUGGAAGAAGCUAAUCAUUCUAUGAAUGAAUAUGUUAGAAGUGUUUCAAUUCUCGCUAAUGAAAAUGCAGAAGAUAGUGAAAUACAUAACACUGACAACAACAGCGUUUUACAGGAGGAAGUUGCGCUGAAGUUACCGUUGACUGAUGACAUAAAAGCAGACAAGCAAAAAGAUGAUAAUCAGCAUGAAGCAAAGGAGCAUUUUCCAUAA